UUUCGGUGCUUUUUUUUAUAGAGUAUGGCAAUGUUGAAAUCAUCGUUCGCUUUAAUUGCUCUUGCUUUUGCUCUCUGUUUCACUAUGAGCAUUGGUUCCUAUGAAUAUUUUAAAUUUGUGGUACAAUGGCCACCAGCCCACUGCAGGGUUAGAAAAUGCACACCCCAAGCCUUGCAACAGAAAAUUUACACCAUCCAUGGCCUAUGGCCGAGUAAUUAUUCUAAAGCUGUUGUGUAUAAUUGUCCGGGAUCGUCUUUUCAAAAUCCGGCUCCUCCAUUGGAAGCCAAACUGAAGAUCUCUUGGCCCAACCUAGAACGUCCGAACGAUGCAAUGUUUUGGGCACUUGAGUGGGACAGGCAUGGCAAGUGUUCGGAGCAGACAUUUACACAAACCCAAUACUUCAAUCGAGCCCAUGAAAUUUGGGUGGGGAAGAAUAUUACUGACAUCCUCCAGAGAGCUAGCAUCUUAUCGGGGAGACAAAAAGACUACGGAGUUAUAGAAUUAGCCGUACGAUCAAAAACUCAAAAGACACCCCUCCUUCGCUGCGAACAACCAAAGCAGAAACCUACGCAGAAACCUACGCAACCUACGCAGCGGACUCAGUGGUUGCAUGAGGUGGUACUUUGCUGGGACUAUCAUGCCAAAAAUAUGAUUGACUGUGAUGAUACAGAAGCAACAUGUCAAGAUACUUUUCCAAUCGAUAUUCUGUAGGCUUUCUCAGCUUUACUGUCAAAAAUAUAUAACUUGGGUUAGGCUCCCUUUUUUUUUUUUUAAGAAAAUAAAAUGAAUUAACUAUAAUUCAUAAUAUAUCGAAUAACAAGAUGAUCUAUGAUACCCGUCAUUUAUAGGUA